CUACGCCGACUAUAUAAGACAUCGCCCAAACCAGCCGCGCGCUAUUACGACAGUGCCUCUGUGAUUUUUCCCGCCGUCAUAUAUUAUUUAAUUCAACAAUAAAGAUGCAGACGUGGUUGGUGGUGGCGUUCGCGGCGGCUCUGGCUUGCCUAGCGCACGCGCAGAAGCCCGGCCGCUUCCUCUCGCUUCCCGUGCCCGAGAAGUGCGCUAACAGACCAAAGGAAUUCUUCUACCGAGGGCACAACUACUUCUACAGCGGGCACGUGCCCGCGCUCGCCAACAAGAAGAUGGACUGGCUGGAUGGCCGCAACCUCUGUCGCGAGUACUGCAUGGACCUUGUUUCCCUGGAGACGCAGGAGGAGAACAACCUGAUCUUUAAACUUAUUCAGCAGAAUGACGUGCCCUACAUUUGGACCUCUGGUCGUCUCUGCGACUUCAAGGGCUGCGACGGGCGUAAGGACCUCGAGCCCAAGAACAUCUUCGGCUGGUUCUGGUCCGCUAACCGCGAAAAGAUCACGCCCACCAACAGAAUUCCCAACGGCUGGGGCUACAACCCGUGGUCGCAGACCGGGCACAAGAAGCGGCCGCAGCCCGACAACGCAGAGUUCGACAUCAACCAGACCGCCGAGUCGUGCCUGUCCGUGCUCAACAACGUGUACAACGACGGCAUCGCGUGGCACGACGUCGCCUGCUACCACGAGAAGCCCGUCGUCUGCGAGGACUCCGAGGAGCUCCUCAACUACGUCGCCAGCACCAACCCUGGGCUCCGUCUGUGAUCAAACCGCCUUCUAACUAAUAUUUAGUUAUUUAAAUCAGAACAAUCUAAUUGUUACCAUAAUCCCUAAUGUUACUGUGAUCAACACACUAGCCACAUAUAAUUUUUUUAGGGUCAAACGCAACUUUACCACUACUUAAAUCCAACUAUCUCAAAAUGUAUAAUAACUGUGAUUCAACCCACUCUAACCAUUGUUGUCGGGUUCGUUAUGUCCGCAGUUACCUAUGGUGAAACUAAGGUGUCAUAUAGCAAUAAAAUACCAUUGACAUUAUAAAUAUAUUCAGGCAAAUCCAAUUUGUCAGUAAAUUCCCUUUCUUUAGCGAGCUAGUACUAGCGUAAGGCAAAGACAGUGUGAUUCUCUCUAUGUUUGAAAUGAGAUCAGCCAAACUACAUGCAAAAAUAAAUUCCUGUUUGUCCGUGUGGUACAAAACUUUUUAAGAUAAGUAAGACCCGUUUACACUGUCCGACUUGCCAUACAGUAUGACAUCGAAAACUCCCAGCAACACUGCCUGUUGUACAUCGUACAAUAUUUUGUUUGUACAGUAAAUUUAAUUUAAGUAUCACAUAAGUUGAAUUUAGUGUAUCACCUUAGGGACAAAUUUUUAUUUGUAUAUAAAAUAAAAUUAAGAAAAUUAA